UGAGAUGAAAGUUCUCUCAAUCUGCCACAGCUCCAGAGCCAGAUCCCCUCUACCUGAUUUUAUCAUUUUCUUCAUUACAUUUUAUGUUCACAAGCUGGAAUCAGCCCGGUUCACAGUGAUUGGACCUGAUCACCCUGUCACCGCCAUCAUGGGGGAGGACAUUAUUUUACCCUGUCACCUGUUCCCCAAGAUGAGUGCUGAGAAUAUGGAAGUGAGAUGGUUCCGAUCUGAGUUCACUUCAUUUGUGCACCUCUAUCAGCAUGGAAAGGAUGAGUAUGGGCAGCAGAUGCCAGAAUAUCAUGGAAGGACAGAGCUUUUGAAAGCUGGUAUCGUGGAUGGGAAUGUUGCCUUGGGAAUUGUCAAUAUCAGACUUUCUGAUGAGGGACAGUACCGCUGUUUUGUUCAAGAUGGUGUCUUUCAUGAAGAAGCUGUAUUGGAACUGAAGGUAGCAGCUUCAGGCUCUGCACCUCACAUUUCUGUUGAGGGUCACCAGGAUGGAGGGAUCCGAGUGGUGUGUCAGUCGGCCGGAUGGUACCCGGAGCCCAAGGUGCUGUGGAGAAAUCUCAAAGGGCAGCCUUUGUCUUCAUCAACUAAAACCAAAUCUGAAGAGGAAUAUGGUCUCUUUGAAAUAAGAAAUUCUAUCAUUAUAACAGAAAAUUCAAACAAGAAUUUGUCCUGUGCUAUAAGGAACACCCACCUGAACCAAGAAAAAGAAUCAGUAACAUUUUAUAUAUCAGAUUCUUUUUUCCCAAGAGUAUCUCCCUGGAUGGUGGGUUGGAGUGUGACUUUUGUGAUUUUGUUGGUGUUCAUCAGCCUUACUCUUUUUCUGUUCAAAUUAAAAGGGAAACAUCUCAACAUUAUCAGUAAACUUCAAACAGAGCUAGAGUGGAGGAGAUCCCUGGGUGAUGCAGCGAAUGUGACUCUGGAUCCAGACACGGCUCAUCCAAAACUUGUACUGUCUGAGGAUCGGAAAAGUGUGAGAUGGGCAGACACAUGGCAGGAUCUGCCCAACGACGACAAUCCUGAGAGAUUUGACAUUGAGCGCUGUGUGCUGGGCUGCGAGGGGUUCACCUCAGGGAGACAUUACUGGGAGGUGGAGGUGGGAGUUGGGCUACUUUGGGCUGUGGGGGUGGCCAGAGAGUCUGUGAGGAGGAAGGGAGGGAUCAGCCUUAACCCUGAGGAGGGGAUCUGGGCUGUGGAUCAGAGGCAGGGCCAGUACCAGGUUCUCACCGCCCCUACAACCCCCCUGCUCCUGAGCCGGGCCCCCAGCAGGAUCCGGGUUUGUCUGGACUGUGAACAGGGGCAGGUGACAUUUAUCGAUGCUGGUGACGAGGCCCCGAUCUUCACUUUCCCGCCGGGCUCCGUCCCUGGGGAGAGAAUCCGACCCUGGCUCUGGGUGGGGGGAUCCCGGCUCAGACUGUGUCCCUGAGACAUGCAGGGAAGGGGUGAGGGUAUAUCUCACUGGGAUCCAGGCCUCUGCAUUUGUCCUUGUGGAACCUCAUCAGAUUUCUUUUGGCCCGAUCCUCUAAUUUGUCAGCCUCUCUAGCCUCACACACCCUUGUCUCUGUGACCUCUCCCUGUACUCUUUCUAUCCUGCCAUCUCCAUGACCCUGGCGGUUGCUUCCAGUCUCAGCUCUGCACCAUCUGGACUGUCAAACCAUAGGGAGCAUUGAAUGAGCAAGGUAGAGAAGCCAAUCUCAUCACUGCCCCAGGGAUUGUGCAGCCUGUUUGCCACUGUCCUCUAUGAUAGAGGAGGACUCGGUCAGACAGUGUCACUGAGUCAUGGGGGUGGGGGGAACAGCCCCCUGGGGAUGAAAAAAUGGGCUUUCCUAGCCACAGUCAUCCUAGUACCUAUGACCUGGAAGACUCCUGUCUUCCCAAUCAUCUGGCUUCUUAGCUCUAUGACCCCUGGAACCCUCACCCCCUCCCUCCCUGCAGCACCAGGUUGAAGAAAUCCUGGGGGUGCAGAAGGAGAAAAGGGACCCUGAGGGGAAGAUGUGGCGGUUGGGAGGCAGAAUUAAUGUGGGGCUGGGGACAGGCAGAUGUGGGGUGGCAGGGACAAAGAAUUAGUUAAUUGGGAUUUGGUGUUUUGAUAAGAAGCUGAAAGCUCCGCACCAGCCGAGAGCCUGUAGAAAUGAGUGACUAGCGUAGACACUUCCUACAUCGAUAGAAGGGUUUUUUCAUCAAUACAGUAAAUCCACCUUUAGGGGAAGCAGUAACUAGGGCAACAAAGAAUUCUUCUCUUGACCUAUCUGUGUCUACAUCAGGGGUUAGAUCGAUCUACCUACAUCACACGGGGUGUGAAAUUUUCACAGCUCUGAGCGCUGUAGCUAGGCUGACCGAAGUUUUAGGUGUAGACCAGGU